UCACUCACUCAGCUCAGUACAGUCAGUUAAAUUGAGCUCUUCAGUCAUUGCCACAUGCAGUCCAACAACUCGCAGGAAGGUUCAGAACUCUACCAGAUUAUCACCGGAGCCGCUAGGUUCGACGUUGGGUCUUAUGGGUUUCCGGCGAAUUAUGAAUUCACGACAAUUCCGAACGUUUCUGGUGGCUCCCAGUCUCAACCCUUGGAAAUGUCUAGAAUUACAGAGAUGCCACAAGCGAGAGCUCUCGUUGCUUCAAGGAAUCAUAAAGAAGCAGAGAAACGAAGGAGGGAGAGAAUCAAUUCACAUCUAGAUAGGCUCCGUGGCCUCCUUCCCUGCAACUCCAAAACAGACAAAGCAUCACUGUUAGCGAUGGUGAUUCAACACGUGAAGGAGUUAAAGCAGCAAACCUCAAAGAUCACAGAACUGGAGCUGUUCCCUUCUGAAAACGACGAGAUCGCUGUAUUUUCAGGUGAUUUUUGUGGAAGAUCGAUUCUUAAUGUUACGGUCUGCUGCGAAAAUCGAUCCGAUCUCUUACCUGACUUGAUCCAGACAUUGAAAUUGCUUCGGUUGAAAACUCUGAGAGCAGAAAUGGCGACUUUAGGUGGAAGAAUGCGAAACGUUCUAAUUGUGACCGGAGAAGACUGUAGUAGCGACGAAUCAAUCGAUUUCUUACGCGACGCUUUGAAAUCUGUCGUCGAACGAUCUAGUUCCGCUGAUGUUUCUAAAAGGCGUCGCAUCGAUCUCUGAUAGAAGAUGAUGAAGAUUUUCUGUUCUUUC